AUGAUUCUCGGUAGCGGCGUCCGAGCACGAACAACUCGAAUCUCCUCGGCACUGUUCGUUGAGCAGACAUCCUUUCCCGCUCCGUCACAGUCCGCGCCCGCGGGCCCAGAACAAGACCGAUCAACGCCGCCUCUGAAUCCAGGAGGCCCGGAGCAGCCUGCCUCCCCUUCCAACCCCGAUGUGGCCGGGCCCAACGACGCGGCUACGAAACUCGCCGAAGCAAUUGAUGAUUUCCUGGGUGAUUUGGAGAAGAAGUUCAAGGGCAUCAGUGAUGAAAUCUUGACGAAACGUGAGUUUGCAUUUCCCGGGCGGCUGCCCGCGAACCACUACUUGGAACAAGAAAAAGAGUUGUUGGCUGACAUGGAUACCUAUGGCAUAUUGGCAGUCGACGAUAUGGCGGAGCGAUGCGACCGAUUAGAGCAAGAAAUGCUUCUCAGAGAUGCUGGAGCAAUGGAGAAUAUUGGAAAGUCUCAUGGUGGGGUGACAACCGAAUCGAACUAG